AAGUCAUCAGGCGAGUGACGAGAGAGGUUGCUCCCUCCGAACCCGCAACGGAACCCACACAAACAGCCAAGUGUCACGUCAAGAGUAUCGAUCCUUUUGUGUACUUGCUGUCUUUACCAAGCGGGCAUUGCUGUAAUAAGAAGUUGAGAUCACGAGCUGCAGCAUCUGUACACACCGCCGUCGCUCAGUGAGCGAAGGAGCGACGUCCUCGAGACGCGGCGGAGGAGGAGAAGCGGAGUUUGGGAAGCGACCGGGAGUGAAUGGUUGAGCCCAGCCCCCCCACGCUGCAUCUCCAUGCCAACGGGGAUGUUGGCAUGGAGGGUGUUGGUGUCAAACUUGAAGAGGAGGAGUCUAGCGACGGAGGAGGGGCCAUAUCCCGCCACGCUCCCACCAAGCAGUCUCCCUCGUGUGAUUGGUCGGGGCUCCCGUCCGUCGAGGCCCGCCAGCUAACCCCCCCGCUGUCGUGCUCACCCUCGGACGGCUCCCCCAGUAAGGACCUCCCUCUGAGGCAGAGCCCCGUGGACCGGAGGGACGCCGGCAUCUACGGCCGGCCGGAGGGGCGGCCCAUCUUCAGCGAAGUCAUGCCAACGAUCGAGAAGCUACUGAGCACGGACUGGAAGGAGAAGUUUCUGGAAAGAAGUGCCGAGCAGCUCAAAGGUACGCCCGAGUCUCUGGCGGAGAAGGAGAUGCAGCUGCUGGUGAUGAUCAACCAGCUGAGCGGCCUGCGAGAGCAGCUGCUGGGGGCCCACUCGGAGCAGCGCAACAUGGCCGCUCUGCUGCUGGAGAAGCAGCAGCAGCAGAUGGAGCUGGCGCGGCAGCAGCAGGAACAGAUCGCCAAGCAGCAACAGCAGUUGAUCCAGCAACAGCACAAGAUCAACAUGCUCCAACAGCAGAUCCAGCAGGUCAACAUGCCCUAUGUCAUGAUCCCGGCCUUCCACCCCAGUGCCCAGGCUCUCCAGGUGAACUCUGACCCCCAGUUGUCGAUGCCUCUGCAGCCAAUACCCUGCAAGCCAGCAGUGGACUACCCCAUGCAGUUGCUACAGGGUUCGCACCAGACUCCCGUCAAGAGGAACAGUGGUUCGUUCCGUCAGGAGGCCGGGCAGCCGUUGAACCUGACCUCCAAGCCCAAGGGGCUGGAGCUGGGGAAGACCCCAAGCCCCCAGAGCUUUGAGCUGGGCAUGGCGGGCAUGCAUGGGUCCUACAGGCCGCGGGACGUCCAGAGGGAGCCCUCCCUCAGCCCGGCGCGCUCCGUACUCAGUUUCCUGGGGGAGGGGGAUGUGGUCACGCAGGCCAUCCACGACGCCCAGCAGCUCUUGCGGACCCACGGGGUCUCAGGCCGAGGGAAGGACCAGGGAGACCGGAAUAGGGAGGGCAGCAAGAUGGAGUACAAGACGGCUGCCCGGGUGGAGAGACGGCCGCCCUCGUCUGACCGCGGUGAGGAUGGGGGCCUCGCCACGCGGGCCCCUGACGACUGCCUCAGCAGUGAUUCUGAGAGCCCCAUGUCAACCCACGCUGGCGUCGUUGGCGUUGGCGUUGGCGGCUACGUGGACAGCCUCCGCGCUCCUCCCCACCCCUCCUCGGCCUCCUCCUCUGCGUCGGCCGGCCACAUCAAGAGGCCCAUGAACGCCUUCAUGGUGUGGGCCAAGGACGAGCGGCGGCGCAUCCUGCAGGCCUUCCCCGACAUGCACAACUCCUCCAUCAGCAAGAUCCUGGGCUCCCGGUGGAAGUCAAUGUCCAACCAGGAGAAGCAGCCGUACUACGAGGAGCAGGCGCGCCUGAGCCGACAGCACCUGGAGCGCUACCCGGACUACAAGUACAAGCCGCGGCCCAAGAGGACCUGCAUCGUGGAGGGCCGCCGGCUGAGGGUGGGCGAGUACAAAGCCAUGAUGAAGAACCGCAGGCAGGAGCAGAGGACGCCCUUCAUCCCCAGCCAAUCAGAGCCCCAGCAGCGGCACUAUGCGCCUAGCGACGGCCAAUACCAGGGGGCCAGCGGGUCCAUGGCGGUGGCGGCCAUGCCCUUCUACCCAGCGCUGCUGGAGCACUACCUCCCCCAGGCCCCGCCCCCCCAGCGCCGGACGGAAGGACAGGCCACACCCACCCCCGCCACGGCGAGGGAGCGAGAGAGGGAGCGUGAGAGGCUGCCCUACAGCGAGGGGGAGGAGAGCGAUGGCGGGGAGAGGAGCGAGGGGGAGCUGGUGCUGCUCACAGACUGA